CCGCUUCCCUUUCGUGUCAGGGAAGUAUCGCGAGAGCCCGAGAGAGGUGUAGUUCUGGCCGAGGAGGACUCUGAGCUCGGCCGGGACGGGCGGUGGAGAAGAGGCUGUUGUAAAGGGGUCCUUGUAGUCUCGGUGCCGCCUCAUUCACCUCACCUCCUUCUGUGUGCUCGGUAAUUGUUUAGACGUGAGAGCGCUGCGAACGGUGAGAACUGGAGAACGUCUGGAGGCACCCCAUCCCCCACCUCCAAGGGAGAGCUUCGCCAUCGGCCCCUUUGGGUGGGGAAGGAAGCCGUUGGGGCUUCGGAUUGUACCGGGUUCCCACAGACGGGGCCAUGUAGGAGGCCGCCGAGCUGUGAUCGUUUUUAUUGUGGAAAUCACUAACGCGCUCCCUUUUUUUACGCGGAUAUGAAGAGUGAGGUUUCUCCAGAUGCACCAAAGAAACAGGAAAGCCUAAAAGGGGUAUUGCUGAACCCUGAGCCUAUUGGGGCAGCAAAGACCUUCCCAUCAGACGUGGACAUGAUCUCCAGUAAGGUGGGGAAUGAGUUCUCUCAUUUGUGCAGUGACUCAAAUAAGCAGCCGAGGAGUUUAAACGGCGGCGGCGCAGAGCAAGAGAAAGGACUUGUGCGAAAAAAGAGGAAAAGCCAGCAGGCUGGGCCUUCCUAUGCACAGAGUUGUGAGGCUAAGAAAAAUCAGAGACUGAUCGAACUUCGAUUAGGGCCUCAAAGUGAUGAAGAUAAUGACUCUUCCUUUAGUGAUUGUGUAUCUUCACCUUCAUCUAGUUCACAUUUUGGUGACUCUGAUACUAUGACUUCUGACGAGGACAAGGACAGCUCUAGACAUUUCUCUCCCACAGGUGUAAAUACUACAAAUAGGACUCCCUCUUCAAGGAAUCAAAAAUGGCCUCGUUCCCAGUCUGAGUCUGUGCCUAGUAUGCUAAUGAAGCGGCCUUGCUAUCAGGUGAGCACAUUACGGAGGUCUAUGCAUCGAAAGACUUUUGUGAAAAAGGGUUCUACACAGCGGACACAAAAGCAGAAGGAGAGGCUGUUAUUGCAGAGGAAGAAGAGAGAAGUUCUGGCCAGGAAGAAGUAUGCACUGCUCCCUAGUUCCAGCAGCUCUAGUGAGAAUGACCUCAGCAGUGAGUCGGCCUCUAGCACUAGUUCUUCCACUGAAGGAGAAGAGGAUAUCUUUUUGACUCCAGAGGAAACCCACCAAAAUGGUACAACUCUUCCCUCAGGUAGCAUUGAUGAGGAUGUUGUAGUCAUUGAAGCUUCAUCCACUCCUCAAGUCCCUGCCAAUAAUGAAGAAAUCAAUGUUACCUCUACUGACAGUGAAGUGGAAAUUGUCACAGUUGGUGAAACCUACAGAUCUCGUUCCACGCUUGGACACUCUCGAUCUCACUGGGGCCAAAGUUCAAGUUCGCAGACUGGAAGGACUCAGGAGCACAGAAGUCGCAGUCGGGUUUCCACUGUCAUACAGCCACUUAGACAAAGUGCAACGGAAGUUGUGGACCUGACUGUAGAUGAAGAUGACCCCACAGUUGUGCCAUCUACCUCUGGCAGAACUGAGUCCCCAUCUAUCAGCACUAUUUCCAGUAAUACGUCUACCUCAGAGCCGGCCUCUGAUGCUGUUUCAGGACUGUCGGGGUCUCUGGCUUCCACAGUGUCUGAGUCGCCUUCAGUCACCACAAGUAGCAGUACUACAAGCAUUACAUCAGAUGAGACCAGGACUACUGGCACUAGCACAGAUAGUGGCCCGCCAGCAUUGCCAAGAUUACCAUCUUGUUGUCCUGAGCAUUCACCUUGUGGAGGAUCCUCACAGAAUACCCAUGUCAUGGGACAUCCUCAUUCUAGUUGUUAUCCAUCACAUAGUCACCACUUUCCACACCAUCAUCACCACCAUCAUCACCCUCCUACUGUCCCCCUGUCGCCUUCUUUCUCAGAGUCUCUCUGUCCUGUGGAAAGAAAUGCUCCUGCCCCUCCACCUUGUGGAUCAACAAGCGGCUCUUCCUCCAACUAUCAUGACCCGCAAGCCUUGCCUGUGGAUUUAAGCAAUAAUGGUAUUCGAAGCCACGGAAAUGUUAGCUUUCAUAGCGCAUCUGCUUUUGAUCCUUGCUGCCCUGGCUCAUCAUCAAGGUCUACAGUUUAUGGACAUCAGUCAUCUGUCAGUACGGCACAAACUAUGGCUAUUGAUGGCUUUGGCCCUGGCUUGGUAGCCCAGACACAGCCUCCUUCCCAGACUACUCUUUCAUCUUGUCGCCAUUACAUGCAUUCUCCAUAUGCUUCACUUACAAGGCCUCUUCACCACCAGACACCUGCUUGCCCUCAUUCUCAUGCCAACCCUCCCCCUCAACCGCCCCCACCACCUCAGAUGGACUAUGUUAUUGCACAUCCAGUAGCACCUUUUCAUCCGUCUCUUCCAAGCCUUUCUUCAACACAUCCUGUUCCUCCUCCACCUCCUUCCCACCAUUUCACCAGUGCUGCUGCCCCUCUCUCACAGCAUUUGUCCACCACCCACCAGUCUAUGUCCCAUCAUAUUUCUGCCACAGCACCUACAACACAGAGGUUGCACCCUCACGAAGUUAUUCAAAGGAUGGAAGUUCAGAGGCGGCGACUUAUGCAGCAUCCAACGCGAGCUCAUGAACGUCCACCUCCUCAUCCACAUAGAAUGCAUCCUAACUAUGGCCAUGGACACCAUAUUCAUGUACCACAGACAAUGUCCUCCCAUCCCCGACAGGCUUCUGAUAGGUCUGCAUGGGAAAUAGCAAUUGAAACUGGAGUGACUGCGGCCCCCUACCAAACUGGUCCUUUACAUCCCCAUCUAGCUCACUACCAUCCACCUCCUAGACUCCACCAUUUGCAGAUCGGGGCCUUGCCAUUAAUGGUUCCAGACAUGGCGGGCUACCCUCACAUCCGCUACAUUUCAUCUGGAUUGGAUGGAAGGUCAUUCAGAGUUCCAUUCAGGGGAAAUUUUGAGGAACUGAUUCAUCUAGAGGAACGGCUUGGUAAUGUGAAUCGUGGAGCCACACAGGGGACCAUAGAAAGGUGCACGUACCCACAUAAAUAUAAGAAGGUAUCCACUGAUUGGUUCUCACAGAGGAAAUUGCAUGGCAAGCAAGAUGGUGAGGAAGACACUGAAGAAAAAUGUACAAUCUGCCUUUCUAUGUUAGAGGAAGGUGAAGAUGUCAGACGGCUCCCGUGUAUGCAUCUCUUUCACCAAGUGUGUGUAGACCAGUGGCUGAUCACAAAUAAGAAGUGCCCCAUAUGUAGAGUGGACAUUGAAGCUCAACUUCCUACGGAGAGUUGACAUUUUUCCAACCAAUGUUAUGCCCCUUUUAACCCUUCGGUACUGCAGCCAACCAAAGAUGGCAUGACUGAAACUGCACAGACAUUAAAGCAUUAAAUCUGGUGUGCCGGCUCUGCCUCAUACAAUUAAUGCUAUAGACUACCAUUUGUAUACAGAUCAUAUUUAGGUCCUUUGCUGCAAACAAGUUACUUGUAGCAGUGAAGGGUAUAUGUAUUUAUAAAGGUUUUUUUGUUUUGUUUUUUCAGUUUCUCAUUUCCAUAUUUUUUUUUGUUUUCCCUUCACAUAUUUUUGCAUGGAUUCUUGUAUUGCAUUUCUUUGCACAUUUAUGGGCUUUGUGAACCCUUACACUUGCAGGCAAGAUCUAGCUGCUCUAGUCAGUAGAAUUGUGAGCAUUUGUGCGCCUGUGUUUUUACAUAGUCCAAGGCUAAACAAAUUCUAUUCAUUACUAACCAUAAUGUCCUUUAAUUUAAUUGAUCAUGAUUUUAAGUUUGUAUAAAGUUCUAGGUGAAAAAAAAGGAAAUUAUUGUAUGAAAACAUUCCUUAUUUAGGAAGAGACGGGCUGCUGUAUAGAAAGUGCUGAAUCAAGUCCCAUGUUUUUGAUGCUGAGAUCACAAUGCUUUGAGACUUACGUAGAAUCAAGACUUGCCACACAUUUUGUUCUGUCUCCUCGAAGGUGUUAUCUUAAUCACUCUUCAGCACAAUGCAAAUAUAUUUAAAUGUCAAUAUUAAGGAGUUUAGACUGCUGUUCACAUAUUUAUUACUUUUAAGGACGUGAUUUUUUUUUUCUUUGGCUUCUGUAAAACUGCUCUAACAAAAUGUCUGAUAGUAGUCAGGUACCUGUUCUUACUAAUCUGAGUAAGACAUCUCCUCAACGGAUCUAACAUUAAAUGUAUAGUCUUAAUAGCAGCUGUUAUGGCAGGUGUCCAUGCAUCCGGAAAACUUUUUCAAGGUCCCCUGCAAACCCUCACAGGGAGGGUUUCCAAUUUAAUAAACUUAGCGAAAUGAAA